UUUCCAUAUUGAACUUCAAAAGAUGCGUUUGACGUGCACACGUGAGCCUGCCGACACGUCAUCCAAAGCCGCUCAGGGAGGCCGGACCAGAGCACGCGAGCUAAUGGGGGGGUGUAAUCCCGGUGUGCGAGCUUCCGCUUGAUUCGGCCAAUCGAAGAAGAGUGCGCUACGCUUAACAACGCCAUCUGCUGUCAAGUCUGCUUCAUGCCCCCCCCCAACCGCCCACUGCCCCCCCCCCCCCACCGUCCUAUGAACAUUCUGGGACCGCUACGACUGCAUCACUGCUCCACCACAAACCGUGAAGAUGGCGGCCCGGACCAUGCAAGCGGCACGAUGCCCAACAGACGAGUUGUCGCUGACAAACUGCGCCGUGGUCAGCGAGAAGGAUCUGCAGUCCGGCCAACACGUGACCGUGAAGACCACCCCCAACCACAAAUUUGUGUUCACCGUCAAGACCCACCACACGGUGGCGCCAGGUUCCAUUGCCUUCAGCCUGCCACAGCGAAAAUGGGCCGGUCUCUCCAUUGGCCAGGAAGUGGAAGUGUCCAACUACAACUUCGACAAGUCCAAGCAGUGCAUCGGUGCCAUGACCAUCGAGAUUGACUUCCUGCAGAAGAAGAGCACCGACUCCUCACCGUACGACUCGGAUAACAUGGCCGCCGAGUUCAUCCAGAAGUUCAACAACCAGGGCUUUUCUGUCACGCAGCAGCUGGUCUUCAGUUUCUGCGACAAACUCUUUGGACUGGUCGUCAAAGACAUCGAGGCAAUGGAUUCCAGCAUCCUCAAAGGCGAAGCGGCCUCCGGAAAGAAACCGCAGAAGAUUGAUGUCGGGCUACUGGUGGGAAACAGUCAGGUGAUUUUUGAGAAGGCGGAGAGCUCAUCCUUGACACUUGUCGGUAAGGCAAAGACCAAGGAGGCACGUCAGACAAUCAUCAACCCGGACUGGAACUUUGAGAAAAUGGGCAUCGGGGGUCUGGAUAAGGAAUUCUCGGACAUUUUCCGGAGAGCUUUCGCUUCUCGAGUCUUCCCUCCAGAUAUUGUUGAGCAGAUGGGCUGUAAGCACGUGAAGGGCAUCUUGCUGUUUGGACCGCCGGGCUGCGGAAAAACCCUCAUGGCCAGGCAGAUUGGCAAAAUGCUGAACGCCCGCGAGCCAAAGAUCGUCAACGGCCCGGAAAUCCUCAACAAAUACGUGGGCGAGUCCGAGGCCAACAUCCGCAAGUUGUUCGCCGACGCCGAGGACGAGCAAAAGCGGCUGGGAGCCAACAGCGGGCUUCACAUCAUCAUUUUUGAUGAGCUGGAUGCCAUCUGCAAGCAGAGAGGCACGGGCGCCAGCAGCACGGGCGUGCACGACACCGUGGUCAACCAGCUCCUCUCCAAGAUUGACGGCGUGGAGCAACUCAACAACAUCCUGGUCAUCGGGAUGACCAACAGGCCCGACCUGAUCGACGACGCCCUCAUGAGGCCCGGCAGGUUUGAGGUGAAGAUGGAAAUUGGUCUUCCCGACGAGAAAGGUCGCGUUCAGAUUCUCACCAUCCACACCAACAAGAUGCAUAGCUUCAACCUGCUGGCGCAAGACGUCAACAUACCAGAGCUGGCGGCUGAGACCAAAAAUUACAGCGGGGCUGAGCUGGAGGGGCUGGUCAGGGCCGCCCAGUCCACCGCCAUGAACCGACACAUCAAGGCUACAUCUACCGUCGAGGUUGACAUGGAGAGGGCAGAGAAGCUGAAGGUCACCAGAGAUGACUUUAUGGGAUCCCUCAACAAUGACAUUAAACCAGCAUUUGGUACAAACCAGGAGGAUUACUCCAGCUACAUCAUGAAUGGCAUCAUCAAAUGGGGCGACCCGGUGACCCAUGUCCUGGAUGACGGAGAGCUGCUCGUACAGCAGACCAAGAACAGCGAUCGCACGCCGCUGGUCGCCGUGCUGGUGGAGGGUCCGCCCCACAGUGGGAAAACAGCUCUGGCAGCCAAGAUUGCGGAGGACUCACAGUUCCCCUUCAUCAAGAUUUGUUCUCCAGACAAGAUGAUUGGACACUCGGAGAUUUCCAAGUGCCAGGCCAUCAAAAAGGUCUUUGACGAUGCUUACAAAUCCCAGCUCAGCUGCGUGGUGGUUGAUGACAUCGAACGUCUGCUGGACUACGUCCCAAUCGGACCGCGUUUCUCCAAUCUGGUUCUUCAAGCCUUGUUGGUGCUCCUGAAGAAGGCACCGCCCAAGGGUCGGAAACUGCUGAUAAUUGGCACCACCAGCAGGAAGGACGUCCUCCAGGAGAUGGAGAUGUUGGAUGCCUUCAGCACCACCAUCCACAUCCCUAACAUCUCGACCGGCGAGCAGCUCGUUGACGCUUUAGAGCUGCUGGGCAGCUUCACAGACAAAGAGAGGGCCAGCAUCGCACAGCAGCUGAAAGGAAAGCGAGUUUGGAUCGGCAUUAAGAAGCUCCUCGUGCUGAUCGAGAUGUCGCUGCAGAUGGACCAAGAUUACCGAGUGACAAAGUUCCUGACGCUGCUGCGUGAUGAGGGGGCGUUGAAUGAAGGCAAUCAAAUCCGCAUUUAAGCCGCCACUCAGUGGUUCCCACUGCGCGCUGCGAUCGCAGCUUUUAUGAGUAAGAGUGGCUUCGGAAAUGCAACGACUAUUUCAUCAUCGACGAGCCGCAAACAGGAUGAGGAAAAGAGGUCAUCGUGUUUGUCCACCAAGUCAUUCCUGCGUCCAUCUUUCUAAAUACACAAUCUGGUAAAAGACACAACCCCCCCCCGCCCCCCCGUUAUCCCCGCAUGAUCCCAUAGGCAAUAUCUUGAUCACUGCCCCGUAUAUUUGUCGUCAUUACUGCAGUCUACAGGAAGUCGUACUGUCGUUGAAUUGUUAUCUGGAAAGAUACUGCAAGAGAUGAUUGUAAAAAAAAAAAAAGUGGUUUUGUGCAUCGUGCUAAAGAAAAAAGCAAACGUGUAUUUUUAGCUUCUUGUGUAGUAGGCGUUGUAUUUGUUAUCGUCUUGCUAAGUUAUAGUCCGGGGGUGUUCAAACCUUUUGAUUCCCCUGUUCGAGUCAGUAUGAUACUGUACAUACAAAGUAAGAAGGCAAGACAAAGAGAACGCAACUAAAACGGACAGAAAUACCGCGCCCAAUAGUUUUGCUUUGUGGACUGUCAGAGGAUUGCAGUGACCAUGUCGUGGCUAAAGCAAAACGUACUUUGUUCCCUGUGUAAAUGUUAAGCCUUUAAUUCUCCGUAACGUGUCCAAGGCCAACUUAAGCCCAAAGUACAUAGUGUAUAUAUAUAAACACAGGCAGUAUAUUGAGAAGCGUUGAAAUGAUCCAAGUUCUUUCCAAAUUACAUCGAGAGACAGACUAUAUAAUCGUGCGAUUUGUGAACCCUUUGGUGUUCCGGAUAUCGUGACAUCAUCAUCGGGCUUAGUUAUAGUGGAAGUGAAUGUUGGAUCGUGGCGUGUCUGUUGUGUGCAGUUCAGUUCAGUACAGUUUAGUAAAAAAAAUAGUGUAGCUUUGGCAUCGUCAGUGUUCAAUGCAAAAGAAAAACGCAGCUUUUAAGGUGGACAUGAAUAAAAAAAUAAUAACAACAAAAGCAAAAUAUUCAAAUGGUUCCUCAUGGAAGCAUGCGUCUCCUUGCCUGCAUGUGUUAGAAGCGAAACGCCGCGUGUGUAUGCAUAUGAAAGUGCAUACACGCUGGCUUAAGUUUACCCUGGAACAAAACUGACUAUGCUCUCAAUAUUUUGUUGUCCAAACUGUUGAGGCAAUCACAGUUUCAGUAUCACCAUUUUUCCUCAACUCAACUGUAUUUCUCGGGCACUUUCAAACAACCACCCGCUAUAUACAAACAAACAAGCAAACAGAAACAAUCCUUUGCACUUACUUUGAAAAAAAAAAAGGGGGCGGGGUUGUUUUUUUUUUUUUCCUGGGCUGCUCCACUACUACGUCCCAUCAAAACACGCCUUGAAUUUGGGCAGGCUACCAAGGAAUCUCCAAACUAGCAAUGCAUCCUGGAACUGAAUGUGCUGCUGAGCUGCUUACAAAAGUUGCCCUCUGGUGAUUGCCUCACACGGUUGCCAAUCACAAUAUUAACCACGCCCCCUCAUUUUUGUUCCAGGCUAAUUUUAUUCGCUUGUUUAUUUACUUGGAUAAUUCCACUGGGUGAAUAUCAUUUGUUAUUACUCACGACAUUUUGAUCGAGUAUUCCUUUUGUCAGUUACUGCGAUGACCAUUGUUUGAUGUGUGAUGAAGAAUCGACUCCUUAAAUCAGGUCGUGCUUACUUUUCCUGUCUUUUCCACCUCAUGAAUGGUGUUUACUGCUUCAUGUCCAAAGUCUUAUUUUCUUCUAAGCAUUGACAACAUUGUUGUGUAUGCGUGCGAGUGUGUAUGUGUGUGAGAUGUAUUAUUGCAAUAAAAAGCACAGAUGCAGAGAAAAAAAAA